UCCCCAUUUCCAAAUCCAAAAAAUACUUCUCAGUUCCUCUCUCAAACUGAUGCAGCUCUUUUCCAAGCCACUAACUACCACUGACACACGCAAAAGGUUAGCAAUCCCCACCAACAGUCUGACCUCGUUGAUACACAACAGAGGAGGCAACGCCGUGGAGUUGCACGUCCGGCAUGGGACCGCCGUGUGGCCAAUUAUGUGCACUACUCGCAGAAAGGGGUAUAAAAAGCCUGUCCUUUCCAAAGGGUGGAGAUCGUUUGUUCUUAAAAACAAACUAAAUGUGGGUGACAUUGUAACCCUAUUUAAGGAGGCAGAUGAAGCAGGGUAUUUGAACUACAGAAUUGAGGUGGAGAGAGCAGAUGGCCCAUCUCUUAAGCAUGCCGGUGCCACCGUCGGAAAUUCACCAAGUUGCAAGUAUGAAAAUGGUGAAGUCAAGCGAUUUGGUGUUACAGAUGAGAAAGUAGAGAAGAAGUCUUUCAAGCUAUUUGGGGUUCGUGUCCUGGAGACUGGGCCGCUGGUGAAGCGCCCUGAUGAAUCUACUGCUGGAAAAACAGACACUGGGGCCAAGGAGGGGAGAGAAUACCAUAACAAGAAUUCUGAAGGGCUCACUCUAGAUUUGACUCUGGCUUCACCCAUAGUGAAUGAACUAAGGUAAAUAUUCUUAUGGCCCAUUCUCACAGCCCAAUCAAUAACAAUUGAGAAUGGAUGAAAUAAGAAUAUUAAUUUUGUAAUUUUUUAUAUUUAAAAAUGUAAACUUAUUGUACUUGGGCCUCACGCUCAAUAACCAUAGAUCGACUUGUAAGGUGCAUCCCUCAACUUGAGAGUUGGGGUGUGAUUUCCUUCUUCUCAAAAUUGUAACCUUGUUAAAAAAAAUUUUAAAAAAAU